UAAAAGCCAUAUCAAUAAAUACAAUUCUCUUGAUUCCUUUGAAUUUGUCGACUCAAUCAGAAAUAUCAACGUAAUGGGUAAGAAAAUGCUCUCAUGAGAUGUCACUUUUUACAAAUGUUCCUCUCACAGAAACUAUUUGUUUAUUAUUUGACUAUAAUCUGGAGAUAUGUAUCCCAAAACACUAUCUGAAAGAACCACUUCUACGAUGUAUACUCAACGUGCAAUUUAAAUUUAAUGAUGGUUUCUAUAGACAAACAGAUGGAGUUGCAAUGGGCUCUCCAUUAGGUCCUCUUUUGUCUGAUUGUUUUAUGGCCAAUCUAGAAAAUUCAGCACUUCGUCCAGUAAUCGAGAAAUUUCAUUUCUAUAAGAGAUAUAUGGAUGAUACUUUCAUUAUUUGUGAAGACAUGGACCUCAAUGAAAUCUUGAAUAUUUUCGAUAAUUUUCACCCGUCAAUACAAUUUACCUUAGAAGCAGAAGCCAACCAUGAAUUACAUUUUCUUGGUGUCCGUUUAAAUAGAAUGCCUGAUGGUUAUUUACAGAGAUCUAUGUAUAGAAAACCUACUUGGAAUGGACAAUACACGAAUUUCCAUAGUUGGGACCCAUUGAGUCGAAAGAAGAACUUAAUUCACUCUUUAUCCUCUAGGAUCAAGCGAAUCUGUUCCAAUGACACAAUAAAUGAAGAACUAUUUAAUCUUCAACAGACCCUCAUCAAAAAUGGUUAUCCACCUAGGUUCGUCGAUAGCAACUUAACACCUGGACUUCAUCAGGAAAAAGCUUCUACAGUGCAGAAGAAAACUUUGUUUAUGAAUAUGGAAUUUAAAGGAUUCAUAGCUGCUGAAAUCCUGAAUAAACGGAUUUCAAAAUCGUUGAAUAAAAUAUUUUACGCAGCUAAGCUUCGAAUUAUUUUCUCUAGCCAGCCUACCAUUCUGGGGUGUGUUAAGGAUAAACCUUCGCUAUGGGCCACAUCAAUGUAUAUCUUUAAAUUUACUUGCUCAUGAGGAGCACGUUAUAUAGGUCGCACAAAGCGAUCGCUUUCCAAA